AGGGUUUGCAUUUGGUGGUUGAAAAACCACUCAUCCUUUAGUAUAUAGAGAUAAGAAGGAGAUGGUCACCAAUCUUCUACAUGUGGGUUUACUAGUCAUGGCGACGUAAUAACCGUUGAUCAAAAGCGGUCAUCAAAAGCAACGGCAUCAAGUGCUACUAAUCACAAAUAAAUAGACACGUGUCACAUUCUUUUAACAAGAUCGUUCUUUUGUUACCUUCAAAGUUCCAUUUCUUCUUUCUAGACAGAAAAAUUUCAUCGCCGGAAUCUUUCUCCGAUCGCGUCGGUGUUCGGUUUACGUUCGUCGGAAAAUAACCGAUCUUAUUCCGUUUCGAAUCGGUGACCGGAAAAUAUGGUGAAUUCUAUGGUUGAACGCGCCACCAGUGAUAUGCUCAUCGGUCCCGAUUGGGCCAUGAAUAUCGAGAUCUGUGACAUGCUCAAUCAUGACCCUGGGCAAGCAAAGGACGUUGUCAAAGGUAUAAAGAGGAAGAUUGGAAGUAGAAAUUCUAAAGUUCAACUCCUUGCACUAACUUUGCUGGAAACAAUCAUAAAGAACUGUGGAGAUAUGGUUCACAUGCAUGUUGCAGACAGAGAUGUGCUUCAUGAGAUGGUGAAAAUAGUAAAGAAAAAGCCUGAUUUUCAUGUCAAAGAGAAGAUACUGGUUCUUAUAGAUACUUGGCAAGAAGCUUUUGGUGGACCAAGGGCAAGAUAUCCACAAUACUAUGCUGCAUAUCAGGAACUGUUGCGUGCCGGGGCAGUAUUCCCCCAGAGAUCUGAACAAUCUGCACCCGUAUUCACUCCUCCACAAACACAACCGUUGGCUUCAUACCCUGCAAACAUACGUGACGCGGAUGCUCGGCCAGACACAGCUGAGACCUCUGCAGAAUCUGAAUUUCCAACGCUAAGUUUGAGCGAAAUACAGAAUGCACAUGGUAUUAUGGAUGUUCUUGCAGAAAUGCUCAAUGCAAUAGACCCCAAUAACAAAGAAGGGCUCAGACAGGAGGUUAUUGUUGAUUUGGUGGAGCAGUGUAGAACAUACAAGCAAAGAGUGGUACACCUUGUAAACUCAACUACGGAUGAAUCACUGCUAUGCCAGGGACUAGCUCUCAAUGAUGAUCUGCAGCGUCUACUUGCUAGGCAUGAAUCUAUUUUAUCAGGAUCUUCUACUCAAAAUGGAAAUCAGAUAGAGAAUUCAAAACCUGCAUCUUCCGGGCAACUUGUAGAUAUUGAUGCUCCUUUGGUUGACACUGGAGAUACUGGUAAACAAACUGAUGGGAGGUCCUCUUCUGGUGCUGAAGCAGGGUCCCAAACAUUGAAUCAGUUAAUGCUUCCCGCGCCAGCUACAUCCAAUGGUUCAGCUGUACCUGCAAAAGUUGAUCCCAAGUGGGACCUGCUCAGUGGUGAUAACUAUAACUCACCAAAAGCAGAUACUUCACUUGCUCUUGUUCCUAUAGGAGAACAACAACCUGCCACUCCUGUGUCUGGUCAGAAUGCCCUUGUUCUUUUUGAUAUGCUUUCUAAUGGAGACAAUGCACCUACAGCUGUCAACACCCAGCCGAACCAGCAAACUAAUGUUGCUGGACAAUCUGAUCCAUUUACUCCCCAAUAUCAACAACAGCAGACAUUCACAUCUCAAGGUGGAUUUUUCCCCAAUGGGAAUGUGCCAAAUGCUGGUUCGCCUCAGUAUGAGCAAUCACAGCAUACACAAAAUACAGCUCCUGCCUGGAAUGGUCAGGUUCCAGAACAGCAACAGCCAGCUAACCCUUAUGGUGCACAAACUAGUGGUUCAUUGCCGCCACCUCCCUGGGAAACUCAACCGGCAGACAAUGGCCCGGCAGCAGGUGCUCAGUAUCCACAACCACCUCAAUACAGUCAUAUGGCUAUGCCACAUGUACAGAGUGCCGCAAAUCAUCAAGGGCCUCAAGCAAUGAGUUAUGGCCAAGCUGGUGGUAUGUAUAUGCAGCCAAAUCCGAACGGCCAUAUGUCAGCAGUCAAUAACCAGGUUGGAAGCAAUCAAUUUGGCAUGCACCCUCAGCAUAUUCAAGGUGUUGCGGGGCCUUACAUGGGUAUGGCUUCACAUCAAACACAAGGUGGUCCUGGUGUUCCCAUGUAUCCACAACAGAUGUAUGGAAACCAAUUUGCAGGUUAUGGUUACGGUCAACAACCAGGAGUUCAAUACGUUGAGCAGCAAAUGUAUGGUCUGUCUGUCAGAGAUGAUAGUUAUUUGCGACACUCUAAUCAGGUUCCUACAUCUUAUGUUCCAUCAGGGAGGCCCUCGAAGCCAGAGGAUAAGUUAUUUGGGGACCUUGUCGACAUGGCAAAAGUGAAGCCAAAACCAUCUCCGGCUCGAGCUGGUAGCAUGUAAAAACUGUCUUGUUUUGCAUUUUAGCCGUUUGCUAACUUGUGAUGUUUUUACUUUCUAUAUAUAGUUUUUGGUUUUCAUAUUGUUUGAUUGUCUGGGAAUUAGCAUUCAUGUAAAUUGAUUCUAGAGGAAACAGAAAGGGGAAGGUGAUGGAAACAUUAAAAUAUUGAGGUCUUAUUUUCGUCUGCUCCAUUUCUUCUAUUGAUAUAUUAAAAUAAAUCGAAAGACUGGGGCAUUGGGUGAAAUGACUAGAUUUCUUAAUAGUUAAUGUCAUGUUUGUAUGUACUAAAAUGAGAGGAAUCAGUUAUUGUUCUUGCUGCUGAUCUAAUUUUCGUCUA